UGUAUAGAUGUUUCAACAUGAAGUCACGUGUAUGAUAUCUCUCAGUCUUCUUCUCUCCUUCAUUCAUUUCGGAGGCACAUACAAUGGACCAAUCAACGCCAAACUAUUACAAGAAGAGGGCUUUCUAUUGGCUGAUUCCAGUGAUCACGUGACCGUAAUCGAAGGAAGUGCUUUCGGGGAUAUUUCUGAGGAAAUGGAAUUGGAAGUAGGGAUAGAAAACCGUUUUGAACCUGGAAAGGUCCCUAACACAACUUUCACGGAUCUGGAGGGAUUAACAAAAGACCAGAAAAAUUACACACGACAUUCUGUUAAAUCCGAUAAAUCUAAUGAAACGACAACAUCAACAUCAGUGAUCGUCGCUGUGGUUAUCCUCGUUGUUGCGCUGGUAUGCGGUGCCGUAGUCUCCACCAAACUUCUGUAUGAACGUUACAUUAAACGAAAUGAUCGAAAACACCCAACAGAUUACGAUAGUGACGAAUAUUCUGUAAUGAUGACUUGGGAUUGA